AUGUUAUCUACUAUGAAAGGGCGAAGACAGGCAGCUGUCGAGAACGUCACUACAGUCCUCCACGACAUAGUUCGAGUCGUCCCUGCAGUGUUCCGUCUACGAAUCCGCAAUGAGCACUCUACUCGAGAAGGCCCACGACGACGGCUGCGACAUGCUAAGUCCUGGUUCUGGAGGCCACAUGAGCCUACCAGUCAGCUCUCAACAACUGAUGAGGAUGAGGAAGAGGAAGACGACUUCGAUUCAGCAGAGUCGUCCUUAGACACCUGUGACUUCUACACGUGUUUGACAUCGGAUAUUCCUGAUCUUGCUGAGCUUGAUUCGUUCCCUGAGGCCCAGGAGCAUACCCAGGAGCCUGAGGGGGACAAGCUUCUUCCCAAGGGAAUAGAGAACUAUAUACCACCGACGCUGGUCGAAGGUUCAGGGCCCACCGAGCAGCGACAUUUCUUCGGCUCGACGUUGAUGGAGGAUGGCUUGUGCCUCACUGAAUUCGAGAAAGAACAGUUGGCUGCACUCCAGGCCUAUUGGGCUGAUAACUCCAUUACUGAUCCCUUGGAGGGCUCUGGACUCGAACGCUCUCACAUUUUGAGGCUACUACAGGGGAAUCAUUGGGACCUGCCCAAAACCACUGCUGAUCUGUACAGACUGCGCGAGUGCAAGGAAACGAGACUGCCAUCGCUUUCCGAGGUGAGAGCCACUAUAGAGACCGGAGUUAUAUAUUGGCAUGGCCGCGAUAAGUACCUACGACCCAUUCUGGUAGUGAGGCCGGGUAUAUACAUCAGUGAGAAUCUAUCCUCUGACGACUGUGCUAAAGCAUCAAUCUACCAAAUGGAGGUGUUAGAGCGACAGUUGACAUCACCAUUGCACGUAGAGCAUCAAACGUGUUUGGUGGACCUUGAAGGGUGUUCAGCCUGGGCGUUCCCCAUCAGCAUGAUGAGCCCUGUUAUGAGUAUAAUGCAGACCAUGUACUGUGCACGGCUCGGCCAUAUGUACGUUGUCAACAUGCCACGAAUGAUGUACGCUUUCGCUAAGCUGGUUAUGCGCCUCUUGGACCCUAGCACCACUAAGAAAAUAGAUAUCUUUCAUGGUGGUUUCGAAGAAGCCCUUUUGGAGACUAUCAGUUCGGAUGUCCUCGAGGCCCGUUACGGUGGUGACUGUGAAGACCAGGUUUCAGAUUUCUGUGUUCCUCAGUUCAUGACGUAAAGAAGGCAUUCGUUUCAUUACUGUCCUCGCGAUGCCGCCUUUAGAGCGACAAUAGUACCAUCACUCUAUACUUUCGCCACC